GCAGACAGUCUGAAAAAAAUGUGUUCGUUUACAUAGUUUUUAACACCAGUGAGAUGCGGUUAUAGUAUUUUGCAAAAAGCUCUUGCUAGAGCAACUACAGUGGAGAUAACAAGAUAUCACAAAAGGCGCAGAAACUAUGCCUUUAUUUGGACGGAAAUCAACUAAAUCCAAGGGAGAUAAAGCUACUACAGCUAAAAUGCCAAACAAACCAUCUCCUGUACAGGGUGCUAAAGAGAUAACUGGUACGGCAUCUAAAGCUUACCAGCUACAGCGUAGUCCAACAUCACCAAAUGGAGACAUAGGAAUUCCUGAUAACCCUCUUAAAGAACCUAGUGGUUCUGUGCCAAAGCCUAUGUUACUUAGGUCUGCCAGCCACAUAGAUAACACAGGGGGAGAUCUAGGGUUUAGCUCUCAAAAUACAGAUCCUAUAGUCACUUCUUCCCGUCUGUCGAAGACCAUUCAUGAGGUGCUACAUGACAAAGAUGCCUUGGCUUACUUCAUUCAGUUCAUGGAUUCAAAACAUGCAGUUCAUCUCAUCAAAUUUUGGUUAGAUGCUGAGAGUUUCCAGGCAUCUUCAUAUAGCCGAAUUAGAACUCACUCUUUGCAGACACUGAGAAAGAAUUCCACACUGGAACGGUCCAAACAACCACCAGCUGGUUCUGGUGAACAUGUGCAAUCAGAGGAUGAUAGCAAUAAGAAACCACAGCACAAAGCACAGGACACUGAUUGUGCUAACAGUGAAAGGCAAAAGUCGGAUACGGAUUAUGCCAAAUCCGGAAAUGAUGUGCAAACAGUAAGUGAUACUGUAACAGGACAUAAUUCUAACAGUGAUGAAAACAAAGACUGCAAAGAUGCAAAAGAUAGACUUGGUCAUGGUGCUCAGGGGGAACAUAUUCAGCAGAAACCUAGUCCAGGAAGGAUAACUUCGAAGGAUAAUCUGGGAGACAAACUCAGGAAAAGUAUAGAAAAAGAUGCAGUCUGCAUAUAUUCCAAAUACUUGUCUCAUGAUGCUCCACAUCCUGUACCAAUAACUGAGGAGCUUAGAAAUGAGGCCAUUAGCAAAAUUUGUAGAGAAGAUGGACAUGUAGACCCUCUUUGCUUUAUUCAGUGCCAAGAAGUAAUACUAGGGAUCAUGGAAACAGAGUAUUUUCCAGAAUUCCUCAGAAGUGAAUUUCACUGUAAACACCAGAUAGAUGUUUUAACAAGUGGAGAUGUGUACUUGGCAGAUAUUUUGUACAAUGACACUGCUAUGUUUUACUUUAUGGAGUAUAUGGAACAAGAAGGUGCCAUGGAUUUGCUGCAGUUGUAUCUGGCUCUGGAUAACUUUCAGCAACACCUAGCAUCCCAGCAUGGGCAGUAUGAUGGGCAGGAAGCACAAGCAGAUGCCAUGGUGCUAUAUGACAAAUACUUUUCCUUGCAAGCUACUUGUCAAGUUGGGUUUGAUGAUAAAGUGCGGUUUGAAGUUGAAUCCAAUAUAUGCAGGGAAGGUGGUCCUUUGCCUGAUUGUUUUGCUUGGCCAAAAGGCAUAGUCUUUCUAUCACUAGAAAAGAACUAUUUCCCACAAUUUCACAAGAGUGAAUUGUACUACAAAUACUUAUCUGAGUUAAUCAGUACAAUCCAAGCUAACCAUGAUCAAGUCCCGCAAACUCGUAAGAAACGCACUGGAAGUGAUGCUAGUUCAGACACUCACAGCAUUGGUAGCCAUAGCACAGGAGGGGAUGUGAACACAAAGAACACACUUCUUGCCACAGGGUCCCAGCAACAGAAAGCAUUUAACAAAUUCACUGAUGAUAUACAGAUAGAUUUUAAUACACUGAACCCUGAUGUACCCUUAUGGACAAGGACAAAUGCCAAUACUAUGUCUCUUGGGAAAGUGGAUGAAUUUGGGCAGUUUGUCUCAGAAUUUGAACCAGAACCUGACCAUGACAAAAAGAAAGAGUCAAGAUGGAGAAAGAAGAGGAAAGAAAAAGACAAGGCUCAGGAAGACAUGGCAUGGCAGAUUGCUCAAAUGAUUGUUAGAGACGUUACUGAUCAGAAUAAAGAAUCCACUCCAGAAAAUCAGAAAUCAGGGAAUAUUAACUGAACCACAGGUAAUAAAUGACUUGCCUUUGAGUUAUACAUUGGAUCCAUAUGCAAAGAAGUAACACCAAUGAUGCAACAUGAAUAAAACCCACCAGAAGUUCAGAGAGGAAAGACCUGAGAACUUUAAAUAGCAUCUUUCUUUGGCCUUGAACUAAAAAUUCCUCCUCUGGACAUUUUAAAACUAGCAAUCAAUUUCACAUGAUAUCCGAUUUAAAAUGUUUUGUAUAUUUAUCACGGUAUAUGUAUAUGAAAUUCCAGCCAUAAUACACAAGUGUCUAGUUCAGGUCUAAAGAUUAACUCACUUUUUAGGUUAUUUUAUUAUUGAUAGAUCUCUAGUUUGUUAAUUAGCAGACAAAGACUGAAGAUCUAAAAGUAAUUGUUUUGAUUUGCAAUUGUAGUUCAAGUGGAAAUAUUUUUGUAUUAAGUUUGAUAACUUGUGAUUGUACUGAUUGUUCAGUCUUGUUGUCUGUUUUCAUUACUUGGAAGACAAGUAACCAACAUCAAACACCAUCCAAAACAACUUGAAUUAAUAUUACGCAUAUCUGUUAAUUUUGUUGUCUCUUCCACUCUCUUAAAGUGUAUAGGCAACUUAACAAACAUUUAUUUUUCUUUUACGUAAGAUUUUGCCAUACAUCGUAUGAGUAUGUCAUGAUUAUAAUCAAUACAGGACUUCAUAAAAUUUAGAAAUUGGCAUUACAGUUAAUGUUUUUUCCCUGCAUUUUUUCAUUACUAUUAUGAGUUAUAAGCCUGUUUGAAUUUAAAAAAAAAUCGUAGUUGAACAUUCAAUUUUCAGGACAAAAAGUAGCUAUUUGUUAAACAGCUUCUAUAAUAUAAUGAUUGUUAUUGUUAAGACAGUGUUUUGUCAUUUGUGAAAGGUACAUUUAAAAAGUAACUGUGAUUACUUGAUGUGUAAUACACGUCAUAAGAUGACAAGAAGAGUGAAUGAGAUUAUUGCUUGUACCAUGUGCUAAUGUUGAUAUUUAAUUAAAACUGAAUGAUUAUAAGAAUAUG